GUGAGAAGGCUCGAUGGAGGCUGAUCGUCGCACAUAAACAAGCGAGAAACAUUCAACAUAAACAAGCGAGAAACAUCCAACCGUCUGUCAGGUCGUCGGCCACUACAGCGCGGUGUGUUGCAAGUGCUUUAGCGAUGGAAGCUGCGUUGAAGAAGGAGUUGGGGACAUCCAGGCUGAAGUGUGCGGGACAGGCCGCGGGGGGCUGCAUCAGCCAGGGUCAGAGUUAUGACACCGACACCGGCAGAGUGUUUGUCAAGAUGAACCACAAGAGCCAGGCCAAAGUAAUGUUCGAUGGGGAAAUGGCCAGUUUGGAGGCCAUAUUACAGACAGAAAGUGUCAAAGUGCCCAGACCUGUGAAGGUGUUGCAGUUGGAGACUGGAGGGUGUGCGUUUGUAAUGGAACACUUGGACAUGCAUGGUCUGAACAAAUAUUCAAAGCAACUUGGCGAUCAGCUGGCUGAACUUCAUCUCCACAACAAGAGCCAGCUGGAGAAAGUCAGCAAAGAGCAGCAGACAGUUGGUAAAGGAGCUGGUCAGUCAGAGUAUGUGGACAAAUUUGGGUUCUCUACCACCACGUGCUGUGGAUACAUCGCACAGGAAAAUGACUGGCAGGAUGACUGGGUGACAUUUUUUACACGCCACAGGCUUCAGUUUCAGUUGAAGCUGCUGGAGGAAUCUAAUGGUGACAGAGAAGCCAGAGAGCUUUGGGCAGAGCUUCAGCUGAAGAUGCCACAGUUUUUCAAAGAGAUGGAGAUUGUCCCCGCUCUCCUCCACGGAGACCUGUGGGGGGGCAACGUGGCAGAAUCGGGCGACGGUCCGGUCGUCUUCGACCCCGCUUCCUUCUACGGCCAUUCAGAGUACGAGUUGGGAAUCUCUCGUAUGUUUGGAGGGUUUAACGGCUCCUUUUACUCCGCUUACCACGAUAAAAUACCCAAGACGCCUGGCUUUGCGAGGAGGAACCAGCUUUAUCAACUUUAUCACUACCUGAACCACUGGAACCACUUUGGCGGGGGCUACAGAGGCUCAUCAAUCAGUGUGAUGAAGGACUUGCUCAAAUAAGUGCACUCAGGCUCAUUCCAGUUCAUGUGGAACAUGCAUACGACACAAUCAAUCAAUCAAUCAAUGUUUAUUUAUAUAGCCCUAAAUGUGACGCAUCACACAGUUCCGGUCGUUUCAUUACAGCACGUCCGAAAAGGACGUACCAUAACAAUUUUAUCCCAUUUCCUUGUUCUCUGUAACGGAACAGUGAAUAAAUAAAUAAUAUACCAUAGUGAACAUACAAAUAUUAAAGGCCUACAGAAAGCCACUACUAGCGACCACGCAGUCUGAUAGUUUAUAUAUCAAUGAUGACAUCUUAACAUUGCAACACAUGCCAAUACGGCCGGGUUAACUUAUAAAGUGACAUUUUAAAUUUCCAGCGAAACUUCCGGUUGAAAACGUCUAUGUAUGAUGACGUAUGCGCGUGACGUCAAUCGUUGAAACGGAAGUAUUCGGACGCCAUUGAAUCCAAUACAAAAAAGCUCUGUUUUCAUCUCACAACUCCACAGUAUUCUGGACAUCUGUGUUGGUGAAUCUUUUGCAAUUUGUUUAAUGAACAAUGGAGACUGCAAAGAAGAAAGCUGUAGGUGGGAUCGGUGUAUUAGCGGCUGGCUGCAGCAACACAACCAGGAGGACUUUGAGUCGGAUAGCAGACGCGCUAUCCGACGCUAGCCACCGACCGCAUCUAUGAUCGGGUGAAGUCCUUCGUCGCUCUGUCGAUCGCUGGAACGCAGGUGAGCACGGGUGUUGAUGAGCAGAUGAGGGCUGGCUGGCGUAGGUGGAUAGCUAAUGUUUUUAGCAUAGCUCUGUGAGGUCCCGUAGCUAAGUUAGCUUCAAUGGCGUUGUUAGCAACAGCAUUGUUAAGCUUCGCCAGGCUGGAAAGCAUUAACCGUGUAGUUACAUGUCCAUGGUUUAAUAGUAUUGUUGAUCUUCUGUCUAUCCUGCCAGUCAGGGGUUUAUUUCUUUUGUUUCUAUCUGCAGUUAAGCCCGAUGCUAUCACGUUAGCUCCGUAGCUAAAGUGCUUCGCCGAUGUAUUGUCGUGUAUUCGAUGUAUUCGUGUUCUCGACUCUCAUUUUCAAGAGGAUAUAGUAUCCGAGGUGGUUUAAAAUACAAAUCCGUGAUCCAUAAUAGAAAAAGGAGAAAGUGUGGAAUCCAAUGAGCCAGCUUGUACCUAAGUUAUGGUCAGAGCGAAAAAAGAUGCGUCCUGCACUGCACUCUAGUCCUUCACUCUCACGUUCCUCAUCCACAAAUCUUUCAUCCUGGCUCAAAUUAAUGGGGUAAUCGUCGCUUUCUCGGUCCGAAUCGCUCUCAAUGCUGGUGUAAACAAUGGGGAAAUGUGAGGAGCCUUUCAACCUGUGACGUCACGCUACUUCCGGUACAGGCAAGGCUUUUUUUUAUCAGCGACCAAAAGUUGUGAACUUUAUCGUCGAUGUUCUCUACUAAAUCCUUUCAGCAAAAAUAUGGCGAUAUUGCGAAAUGAUCAAGUAUGACACAUAGAAUGGAUCUGCUAUCCCCGUUUAAAUUUAAAAAAUGUCAUUUCAGUAGGCCUUUAAAUACAUAAAUAAUCUUUGUCUCAAUAAAAAAAAAGUGUUCAAGAUGUUCAUCAUAAUUCUUGUUGUGUGUACUUAAUGAACACUUGUAGUUUGAACAGUCUCUUAAAGUCAAUCAUAUUGCUGCUUUGUUGGAUUUCUUUGCUUAAUCCAUUCCAUCAUUUAAUUCCACUUACUGAUAUACUAAAGGUUUUAUAUGUUGUACGCGCAUACAGAUGUUUUAAAUUAGAUUUUCCUCUAAGAUUAUAUUUCUCCUCUUUUGUUGAGAAGAAUUGUUGUACAUUCUUGGCUAGCAGGUUAUAGUUUGCUUUGUACAUCAUUUUAGAUGUUUGCAAAGACUAUAAAAAUGGGAGCCAUUACCUCCCUGCUUGGCACUCAGCAUCAAGGCUUGGAAUUGGGGGUUGAAUCACCAAAAAUGAUUCCCGGGCGCGGCGACCACUGCUGCUCACUGCUCCCCUCACCUCCCAGGGGGUGAACAAGUGUGAUGGGUCAAAUGUGGAGAAUAAUUUCGCCACACCUAGCGUGUGUGUGACUAUCAUUGGCACUUUAACUUGAACUUAAAUGGUUGAAUCUCAAUAAUUGUGAUUGAAUAAAUAAAGUGUUUGUAUGUUCUCUGUAUCCAACAUUAUGUAUUAUUUUAUGUGAUCUUUUUUGUAACACAGUUAGGGAAUGAAGCGCACAUUUGUAGUUGUUUCCCCAUAUUUCUACACAAUAACUCAGAUAUGUAACACUUAGGGGUGUGGGAAAAAAUCGAUUCGAAUUCGAAUCACGAUUCUCACGUUGUGCGAUUCAGAAUCGAUUUUCAUUUUUUAAAAAUCGAUUUUUUUUUUGUAUUUAUAUAUUAUUUUAUUUUUUAUUUUUUUCACUUGCAUCGCAUCUCAUAAGCUUGACAACACACUGUGUCCAAUAUUUUCACAAAGAUAAAAUAAGUCAUAUUUUUGGUUCAUUUAAUAGUUCAAACAAUUGUACAUUAUUGCAAUCAGUUGAUAAAACAUUGUCCUUUACAAUUAUAAAGCAUCAAUGUUUUUAAAAGAAUGUACAAAAAUAUAUUGUUCACAGGAUAUAGUGAACUGCACUAAGAGUCAGUGGGUUUGUAUGUGUAUGUAUAUGUAUAUGUAUACUAUGUAUACACGCUGUUGUGUCACAUUCAUAGUUACUUGUUAAAU